CCGUCUCUGUGUGUGUCUGCUGCUCUUCUCAGCUCCUCCCCUAGUCGCUGCUCAUCCCAAGCUUACACUGCUUCGCCUCUUCUUCUUGCUCUGCCAUCACUCUUCACGUUCUUAGCAAUUGCUCCCGCCGCUUCAGCCGGCGAGCUACUGCCCAAAAGUGAAAAGCUCGAUUCUCCUAUCUUGGCUUUAGUUGUUUGGGGGUUUAGAUGAGCAGCAGCAGACAGAGGACCCUCGGGUCGGGGGGUCAGCAUGUGUUGGACUAUCUCAAACGGAUGCAGUCGGAGAAUCCGGCCUUCUUUUAUGCAGUCCAGGGGGAUAGCGAUCACUCGGGUGGAAGCAUAUUCUGGGCCGACGCACCAGCCAGGAUGAACUAUUCCUACUUCGGCGAUACCGUGAUAUUCGAUACUACAUACAGGACGAACCGCUACAAGGUGCCCUUUGCCUCGUUGACUGGGUUAAACCAUCACGGGCAGCCCGUGUUGUUUGGUUGUGCAAUAAUGCUGAACGAGUCAGAGUCCUCAUUCGUUUGGCUGCUCCAGACAUGGCUCCAUGCUAUGUCGGGUCGGUCCCCUGUCUCCAUGACAACUGACCCAGAUGGCUUGAUACAGAUCGCUGUCUCCCAAGUCUUUCCCGGAACUCGACAUCGUUUCUGUAAGUCUGGAAUGUUCAGAGAAACCAAGGAGAAGCUGGCUCACAUCUAUCAGUCACAUCCUACUUUCGAACUCGAAAUCAAGAAAUGCAUAAAUGAGACUGAGACGAUCGAUGAAUUCGAGUCGUGCUGGGCUGCGGUCUUAGAAAGGUAUUAUCUCACGGAUAAUGAGUGGCUGCUCUCGAUUUACAAUGCUCGGCAACAGUGGGUGCCUGUUUAUCUAAGAAAUUCAUUUUUUGGGGAUUUGUCUCUCCCAGAGAGAAGCGAAGGUCUAGAUGCAUAUUUCGGUAGUUAUAUCAAUGCAUCAACUACAAUACAGGUGUUGCUUAAACAGUAUGAGAAGGCCGUAUCGAGUUGGCAUGAGAAGGAACUGAAAGCCGAUUAUGACACUACCAAUAGUACACCGACUCUUAAGACACCAUCUCCUAUGGAGAAACAAGCUGCUGCGGUGUAUACAAGAAGGAUUUUCAUGAAAUUCCAAGAGGAAUUGGUUGAAACCCUGGCGAACCCCGCAACCAAAAUCGAGGACUUGGGAACUGUCAGCACGUAUCGUGUUGCUAAGUUUGGGGAAGACCACAAGGCUCACACCGUUAGUUUCAACUCUUUCGAGAUGAAAGCAAGUUGUAGCUGCCAAAUGUUUGAGUACUCGGGAAUAAUCUGUAGGCACAUAUUGGCAGUUUUUAGGCCAAAAAAUGUCCUUACUCUCCCAUCCCAAUACAUUCUAAAACGUUGGACCCGAGAUGCCAAGAGUGGGGCUGUUCCCGAGGACCGCAUCCUUGAGGCACCAAAUGAUUCUCGGGAGUCUCUAAGCGUAAGGUAUAACAACUUACGCCAGGAGGCGAUUAAGUAUGUCGAGGAAGGAGCAAAAUCUAUCCAUGUUUAUUACGUGGCAUUGGAGGCAUUGCAAGAGGCUGCUAAGAAAGUAGCCGCUGUAAAAGGUAAAAGCUCUGGAGCUUCACAGGAAGGAAACAUGGCCAAUGGAGAUAGUCAAGAGUUGCAUCAAGCUGGAGAUAAUCAGAUUGGACAGACUGAAACAGUGGGUGAAAAGGAGAAGAGGAUUCGAGAGUUGAGUGCCGCGUUAGAGAGCACGAAUCAGAGAUGCGAAGUUUAUCGGACGAACCUUUUGGCUAUUCUUAAAGAUAUGGAAGACCAGAAGUUAAAACUGUCAGUAAAAGUACAGAACGCCAGGCUAAGCUUGAAAGAAUGAGCCUUCAUUUGGAUAGGGAAGAUUAGUCAGAAGACCUCAUCACUCGAAGUAGAUUCCGACAGGUACUCCAUCGGUGCUUUGUGGGCGUCAAGAAAAACAUGGUCAUCUGGGGCCCCAACAAUGUUGUCGUGGCUUUGCCAAUUCCCUUGUGCGCUCGUGGGGGAAAAAUCUAUGAGCUGAGGUUACGGCAGGUCGAGGGAGUAGAUGAAGAUCUACUGGGACAGGACAGUCAUGCAACAAUCGGUGCUGUAUUUCAUUCUCAUUAGUCGCCUGAUAUUCGUCCAAAUAUAAAUAGCUAUCGAAGUUGCUCUCUAUCGGCUUUUCAUGGGAUCAUUCCGCAUACUAGUUCCUCCCUUGACAGAUUGAGGUACUGUAAAGAGCACACACAUGGAACACCGGAAGAAAAAAGUUAAAUGGCUAGAUUGGGGAAAAUAAGAAAUUGAGGACUCAAUGUCAAAAUCUCAACUUUGCUAUACAAAUGAAACUUUUAUUUUGCUA